AUGUCUUAUGUAAACCAACAUGGAGAAGGAGGAAUCAGAGAGAUCAUGGAAGACUUCAUAGAAAUAUAUCGGAAUGAACCCUGCUUGUGGCAAGUCAAAUCUGCAGCUUAUCAUGAUAAAAUUUUGAAAAAUUCUGCGUAUAAUAAAUUAGUGGAACAGUACAAAUAUAUAGAACCAAGUGCUAAUCGUAACUUAAUAGUAAAGAAAAUUAAUAGCUUGCGUACAAAUUAUAGAAAAGAAAAAAAAAUUGAUGAAUCUAAAAGAUCUGGCGCAGGCACAUCAGAACCGAAAUUAUGGUAUUUCAAACUUCUCACUUUUCUUGAUGAUGAUCAUUCGGUACCACGGGCCCAUGUUUCUAAUAUAUCAGGGAUUAAUUUCGAUCAAGAAAUAGAAAGUGAUUGCUUUAUUGAUGAUGGGGAUGAAGAAUUAUCUGUGAGAGCUUCUUCCAUUCCAAGUUUUUCUUCUGAACCUAGCGGCAGCUCAAGACCUCCUAAACGGAAGCGGCGGAGCACAACAGAAGAACUGCAAAAUGAGGUCUUGAUGUCAAUAAAUAAACGCCUAAACAAUCGUACUGAGGACUAUGAAGCAUAUGGAAAAUAUAUAGCAGCGACACUUCGACAUAUGCCAAAAACACAAACGCCGAUGAUAAAAAAUAUCAUUGAUCAAGCUAUUUUUAAAGCCGAAAUGAGUGAAUUGAAUCGUCGAGUAGUUCGAAGAUUCAUGAACGAUACUAAUUCAGAUGAAGAUUACAUUUCAUAUCCAUCAGCAGCAGAAUAUUUAGAACAUUAUGAUGAAUAUUAA